CCCAGCCGAGACCCAGACCUCCACGCCAUCACAACACAAUGUCGUACGGCUGGGAGCAGCAACAGCAGCAGCAGCAGCAGCAGCAGCAGCAGUAUGGUGGCGGCGGCGGCGGCUGGGAUGAUGGCAGCAACUUUUCCUACGACAUGGGUGGGGCGGACUUUGGGCAGGAGCAGUCCUUCCAGAGCUUUGAGUACGGCACGGGGCCGGGCGGGGCAGGAGGGGCACCGCCGGGUGGGGGCCCCGCCCUGUUCACUCCUGGUCCCUCCAUCAUGACCCCUGGGGUGGGCGUGGAGGCCCCAGGCGUGGGCGGCGUGUACCCACUGGUGGGGGAUGAGGAUGAGCCGCCGCUGCUGGAGGAGCUGGGCAUCAACCCAGACGCCAUCCUGCAGAAGACCCUGACAGUGCUGAACCCGCUGCGGCGCACGGACCCGGCCAUCCUGCAGGACACGGACCUGGCGGGGCCGCUUGCCUUCUGCCUGGCAUUUGGGAGCUUCCUGCUGCUGUCCGGCAAGGCGCAGUUCGGGUACAUCUAUGGCAUCGGCAUGCUGGGCUGCGCCUCCAUGUACGGGCUGCUGAACGCCAUGUCUCUGGCGGGCGUGGCGCUGGGCGUGGUGGUCAGCGUGCUGGGCUACUGCCUGCUGCCCAUGGUGGCGCUGGCGGGGCUCAGCGUGCUGCUCUCCCUGCGCGGGGCGGUCGGCGUGGCGCUCACCGCCGCCGCCAUACUCUGGUGCUCCGUCUCCGCCUCCAAGCUCUUCGUGACGGGCCUGGCCAUGGACCGCCAGCAGCCCCUCGUGGCCUACCCCUGCGCCCUGCUCUAUGCCGUCUUUGCCCUCAUCACCAUCUUCUAGGCGUGUGUGUGUGUGUGUGUGUGUAGAUUGUCUCACUCCUUGUCUGUCUGUUUGUUUUAUAUUCUCACAAAACCUUCCUCUCUUAAUCCUUCAGAGAGAGAGAGAGAGAGAGAGAGUUCAAGGGAUACACGUUUUAAGUAAGUAAUUUUGUUUAAAUGCCAAAUUUUCACCUUUUAGUAUUGUUGAUAUUAUUAUUAUUAUUAUUAUUAUUAUUAUUAUUAUUAUUAUUAUUAUUAUUAUUAUUAUUAUUAUUAUUAUUAUUAUUCCUACUGUUGCUUUUUUUACUCUAUUUAAACAUUAUCGUUCUCGUGCAACUCUUGCCAUUCUUGUCGUGAUAUUUAUUGAUUAAAAAGAUAUAUUAUU